UAUCUCAAUUCUCAAUGGCCAAUGACCUUAUGUUUUGUGAAAAUGGUGAGUCUCUAUUAUUCCCCAGAGUUUUCUCCACGAUGAACCUAAAUUUACAAACAAACCCACCAAUCCCAACCAGAAUUCAUCAUCUUCCUCUUUCACCAAAUAUCCCAAUUCCCCUUCAAAACAACAGGUUCAAAUGCAUUACUGCAAAAGCCACCAACCAACCAGUUCCAUUGCCAUCCAUGUCCGAAAUCCUAGAAUCAUCAAAAUCACAAAAACUCGACCUUCACCUCCAAACUUUAGGACCCUUUUUCAGAAUCACAGCAAAGAGUUUGAUAACAGAUAGAGAGCUUGGAAAAGCUGAGGGAUUGAUAAGAAUAUGGUUUGGAAGAGGUAAUAUUCUUCACUUGGACUCUAUUAAACUCCAAAGAGAAACACUUGGUAUGGAAAAAUCAAUCUUUGGACUUGGUUUAUAUAUUGGAGCUGUUGCUAUUCGACAUGGAUAUGAUUCUGGUUGCAAAACUGCUCAAUUACUUGCCAUCAAUGAUUCUGAUCUUUACCAUUCUAAGUUGAUUAGGUUCUACACAAGACUUGGGUUUAAACCUGUUUAUGAAGUGACUGGCUCAUCUAUUGGGGAUCUAACACACAUGCUUGUUUGGGGAGGAGUUGGUACUCGAAUGGAUGCUAGUGUUGAACAACUUAUGAUAAAAUGGUGUAAAAGAUUUAAAAAGACAAGUGUACGGGAAAUACCAAACUAGCACACUAAGACACUCAAAAUUACAGUUACAAUGAGCAAUGAGAAGGACUAUUAUUGAUGUAUAGUUGUAUAUUCUUUCAUCUAUCGAUUGCCAAACGGCGAAUAUGUAUAUUUACAGAUUCUCUGGCAAAACAGAAGGAACCGCUAAAGAUUUUGAAGGUAACUGUGCUUUUCUGAUUGAGAAAUUGAUAGUAUAGAUGUCAUUCUUUUUCAUAA